AACGUUUCACUUGCUACACGACUCGCAGAUGGCUCAUUCGACAUAGUGAACUCAACAGUUUCGAUGCACUGGGCCUGCGCCCACAGGUCCUUGCCAGCCUUCGCGCGGCGUUCCCCAACAUACAGCAGCCAACCGCUGCGCAAGCACAGUUUAUACCCGCGAUCUUGGAUCAUAAGGAUGUUCUCCUGAAAGAUCUGACUGGGUCUGGAAAGUCCCUCGGGAUUCUUCUCGCUCUGUUGAGCAUGCCCCGCCGCUUCCUCAAGGUGGAAGACGAAGGAAGAAGGACUUCCAUAGUUCCUGCGAUCUCUGCGGUCGUCCUGACACCUCAUCGCGACCUCGCAUACCAGUUCAUUCACUGGGUGCAAUGUUUAUAUGCCACCAAAGAAUUCGGUGAUGCUACCCUCUCAUCCAUUGCUCAGGCGGUGGUCAGAGGGUCGUCGACGCCUAUAGCAACACAAGCUCGUGCUAUCGUGAAGAAUCCGCCACAUAUACUGAUCGGCACCCCGCAGGCUAUUCUGGAGGCGCUUCAGCUGGAACAGUCUAUUCUCCCUAUGCGCGAACUCGCCACGGUUGUGGUGGACGAGGCAGACUCCAUGCUAGAGUGUCCACCCCGUGCAGACAAGUAUCUUAUUGCCAGAUAUUUGAGGAUGCUGAAGCGACACCCAAGUCACGCAAGGCAAAUACUGGACGCGAUCUACCGCGUGCAGCGUUUUGCAGAGUGGUGCAAACCCAAGCUGAGGAAGGAGCUUGAAGACGCGGGGACCGGAGGGCAUCUCCUCAGGUCCCCAUCAGGAAUUGUGAAGACGCACCUACCUCUCAGACGACCACAGCUCGUCUUCGCGAGCGCGACUCUGAAAGCCGCAUUCCGACACGGCCUACUUUCUGACGGUAAAUGGCUUACUCCCGAGGAAAGCGACCUCGUUAAAGUCAUCACACACGCGGAAAAAGAAGACCAGGCGGCACACAUCCUCGGCAGCGCUACCACGGUGCACAGUGCUCUCGUCUACUCAACAUCGGACGGCAGCAUCAUUAAUAUCAAGAAUGCCGCGGAGGCACAGCCGGAGCAGAUACUACCUGCGAAGCCUGUGAAUAUUGAGACAGAGCCUGCUGUUGGUGAAACCUUUUCCUCUGCGCUCGAUACGCGAGGAAUCAUUGAAGAGGCUGCUAGCGGAUUGAAGUCCGGCGAUUCCAAACCGUCGCCCUUCCCCGAGCCUGCCAUGGAGGCCAUUGCCACGGUAUUUGCCUUAGAAGUGCCCAGGGUCGCUUUGCUUGUUCUGCAUCCUUCUGCAUCAGUUGGACAUGCUGUUGAAGACAUGCGUCGACUUGGUAUCGACGCGCAUGGGUUGGACGUGGUCCAACGAGAGCGCGGCGGAUCGUACUUACUCCGCAAGGGUACUGCUCCGGAGGAUGAUCCCACCCUUUUGGUCGCGACUUUGGCGAGUAUCCGCGGCCUGGACAUGCCGGAUUUGACACAUGUCUUCAUCCUGGGUGCCUCGGAGGCCCUCGAUCAGGACUCGUACACGCACGCUGCAGGGCGCGUCGGCAGAUUCGGGAAAAGCGGCAAAGUUAUCACCGUUGUCGGGCGUCGUCACGUCCUCAGUGGCAAGGUUGUGGACGAGCCGAACCGGAUGACAGUACUCUAUAAAAAGCUGCAUGUGACGCCAGUGAGGGUCGAGCACUUUGGAUUGAACGAGUCGGCGAAGGAAGAGAAGGCAGAGAGCAGCUCCGCCGACAACACGGACUAGUGUGAAGGUCUGGUUCGGAAAAAUCUGCAGAACCCCGGGUUGGAUGCGGCAUCCAUCGCCGACCGUGACGACAUGGGGAGUGCUGCGGUAGAUGUGGGAGAUUCAGUGGGAAGACAGGGUCACCUGGCGGAGUCGGAUGGUCGGUGCGGGUCGGUAGUUUGCUGUGCUAUCGUGCGGGCUCUGAAUGGACGAU